AUGUCCGCCCCCCGCCCCAAGGCACGGCCGCCGCUCAUCCCCGAGCGCUACAUCGACGUGCCCUCCCAGCGCCUCUACGUUCUCAGUCUGGGCUUGCUCUGCCAAGCAAUCAAGAUAUUCGACUUGGCUCAGUAUAUCCUUGGAUAUGACCAGACCGGCUACCUCCAGAAAUGGCUCUGGGUCGACUUCGCCUACUGCGUCUCCUUGGCACAGCUACGCAUACCAAGACUAAACUAUUCAAAAUCGGUCGUCGUCCUCCAAAUCUUGUCUCUGUGGCUUCUCGACGGCCUGAUGUUUGGUGGCAUCCGUGUCAAUGGAGGCGCCGACACAGCAGACGAGCUUUCACAUCGAACGCUCGCUUCGACCCCGUCUUCGUUCGGGCUUUCUGACGUCUUGUCCUCGAUCCCUGGUCUGGGCAUGCUCGUUUCUCCUGGGGAGGGCGACAAACACCUCCUCGGUCAACACACUGUCCGGAUGUCACCCAUAAGCACUGCACAGCUGCAUCUCGAGGGCCAGACGUUUUGUUUAGCGACGCCUGGUGAUUCGGUUUUGAUCCCUGUCUUGUUCAACAACUCCGAACCGACCUCCGUGCGGUAUUCUCUCUCACCGCUUGGCUCUAGUGUCCAGUCUGGGAAAACGAAAGGCACCUUUUCCAAGCCAAAAACCGACGUCACGGAGCUCUCAGCAAAGGAACUCAAGGCGAUUGAGAGCGCACGCGCCGAAGCAUUGCAGCUCACUCGUUCAGUAACACGAGAGGUUGACGACGACGAGUAUGACGACGACGACGAAACUGAAUCAACGGAGGGCGAUUUAAGGUCUUCAUACUCCUGGCUGCAAACGUCACAAUCCAUCUUCCACAUCCGCGUGAACAAGCCGGGAACACUGCGUCUCGAGCGCGUCGCACACGCUUCGGGAGUGGAUGCACGACUGGCGUAUCCCUCCGAAGUGAAGAUCGCGCCUUGCCCGUCAGCCGAGUUUGUCGAAGACAACACCCGCAUUGACGACACCAUUCGCUGUGCAGGAGAGGACCCGGAUUUCGACAUAAAAAUCCGCAUAUACGGCGUGCCUCCUCUAAGCCUGGGCUGGUUUCGUGAGACGAAUGGCCAGAGGGAGUCAUUUGUGGUUCAGGGCAUCGAGGGCACCCACGAGGAGUCGACUGAGUCCCUGGAUAUGGCACCUCAGACCAUCGAAGUCCCCUUGACAGUGUCUGUGGUAACACUUGGCACGCACCUUUAUAGCCUCGAAUCCGUCACCGAUGGUCUGGGGAACCAUGUGACGCUCAGGCAGCCACCAGCGAUCACCAACUCGCGAUAUACGAAACAGAUGACCGUCCUCCGGCGACCGAGCGUCUCAUUCAGGAAAUGUGCGCCUGGAAAACCUGCAUAUCUGCUGAUAGGCUCGGAGGCAUCGCUCCCGAUUACAGCUCACGAUGUUGACGACGUCGAUGCCCCCCUCAGCGUGAAGAUCAGAUUUGAACCUUCCGAGGGCGCAGGCAAGGUUGUAAAGCCCUGGACGAAGACCAUUCUAUCCCAGGAUAUGCCGAGAGAUUUCCAUCUUGCCGUCAAGGACGCGGGAACAUACACGAUCGAAGAGGUGCAUGGUCGCUAUUGUGAGGGCGAUGUCCUGAAUCCGGAUGUCUGUCCGGUUGUCGAAUUGCCAAAGCCAGUCGCAGAGAUUGAAUGGAGGCGGAUACAUGAAUGUUCUGGCGACACUGGUGUGGCCGCCUCCCUUGUUCUUCAUGGCACUCCGCCUUUCCAAGUAUACUAUCGUGCACAGAGGGAUCGUGAAACAGCACGCGAGCUCGUUAAGACAUUCCAAAGCGCCAGGGGCGAACUAACCUUGCAACCGGAGCAUAGUGGACAUUAUACCUACUCGUUCAUUGCCCUCAGUGAUGCCAACUACAAGAGAGUGACCCUUAAUGGCCCCAGCAUCGACCAAACGGUGCAUCCCCUUGCCUCCGUGGAUUUCUCUCAACCGACCUCCGGCGGAAGGAAGAGGCAGAUUAGUAGCUGUUCAGGUCAUUUGGUCAAUGUAGAUGUGGAACUCAAGGGAACCGGACCAUGGACAGUCGAAUAUCAGAUUGUCAGUGCUACACGGACCGAUACUAUCACAGCUACCGGCAUCCAAACAUCAAAAGCUUCUCUCGAAGUUCCAAUUCCCGCAUCUGUGGAUACGGAGGGAGGUUUUUUCAACAUAGACUUGGUCAGCGUUGAAGACUCUUCCGGUUGCAAGCGUACUGUAUCAGUACCAGGCAUUACGGUCAACGUGCGCCGAGUCCAACCAACAGUCAAGUUCUACGGUAGAGACGACAAGCGGCAUCUCACGGUCCUGGAGCGCGAUCUCGCCCGUUUGCCCCUCAGACUCACGGGUGACGGGCCUUGGCGUGUCGAAUACCGGCUGCAGGGAGAACCGGAACGCAUUCGAACAGCGACUGUCUCGGGGCCUAAUGAUUAUCUGCAGGUCACUGAACCUGGCACUUAUGAGCUUUUAAAUGUCCGAGACUCGCAAUGCCCUGGGACCGUACAUGCAAAUGACGCGACGUACGCUGUUGACUGGGUACCGCGACCUUUUGCGGCAUUGGCCAAAGGGACUGAGGCGACGUACGAAGCGUAUAACGGCUCAUAUAUCUUGCCUCCCGUUUGCGAGCAUACGCCUGAUCACAUUGAUUUGGACCUGACUGGCCGACCACCGUUCGAGAUUACAUACAACAUUGCCCGUCCAAGCGACAUGGGAGGCAGCGUCCUUAUUGGCCAACCCACGUUCAGCAGUAUCCAACCGAGCACGCGAUUUCAAUUACUAACAUCGGACGCUGGCCGCAUUUACUACGAGGUGAAACAAAUCGGAGAUGCCGCAUAUCCUCUAGAGAAGCACAAAGACACGACUAUACCCCGAGCAUCCAGACUGCUCUUUGAGCAGGAAGUUCUCCGUCGACCCUCGGCUCGUUUCGAGACCACGAAUCGGAUGUCUCACUGCUUGGGCGAUGCUUUGGUUCCUUCGGAUGCGGCCAGCGAAGGCGUCAUUGUCCUGGAAGGAACUCCUCCUUUCAUAAUGAACCUCUCCGUGCAUAAUUUGGCGGCAAGCGAGAUUUCAAAACAUACCAUCAAGAUUCGCAGCAAGAUUUGGAAGGUUGAAAUUCCCGAUUACCACUUCAACACCAUCGGACCCCAUAGGAUCACCAUUGACAGCGUUCAGGAUGCGUCUCAUUGCGAGCAGGUGGUGCUGGACCCUUCAUCUCAGUCAGCCAUGGUCGAUAUCGUUGAAUCAGCCGCCAUUGUGCCAUUCGACCGCAAAGAGCACUAUUGUGUCGGUGAGGUGUCCCAGUUCCAAUUGGAGGGCAUCCCGCCGUGGACUAUCGGUUAUCGAAUCAAUGGCAAAUCGCACAGCCAAAAUGCGAUUGUGUCGCCUUUCUCACUGGUACAACAACAGCCGGGGGAGUUUGUGGUAACAUCCAUCGCACAUCAGCAGCAGAUGUGCAAAACCUCUGUGGCCGAUCUACGCUACACCGUACAUCCCUUGCCAUCCGCUCAGGUUGGACAUGGCAAGCGAAUCUUGCAAGAUAUUCACGAAGGCGAUCAAGCGGAGAUCGUCUUUACACUACUGGGCGAACCGCCGUUUACCUUCACGUACCAACGGGCGGAAACCGUCAACGUGAAGAAGGCUGGGCGGCCCGGCAAGGUACUCGAAACACACACAGUAUCUGGCGUCAAUACACACGAGUACUCGAUCUUCUCCGCUUCCGAAGGAACGUGGACCGUUACCUUCAUAGCGGAUCGCUACUGCCGUUAUCCAUUUCAGGAUUCAGUGAUCAGAGCUUGACGUAUCAUCAUCAUCUUUCUGUCUAUUUACCAGAGCAUUCAGUGUAGCUUUAAUUGUCACAUAAUCUUGCAUUACACGUGGAUUACACGUGGACCGAACAUCGUAGUCAAAUUGUCAUAGACGAUGAUCAAGCGUUGGUUGCCGCCUCCUUGUCCUGAAGCACCUUCUUGAUCGAUGGCACUUCCAGUAGCCUCUGGUGCCAGGCAUGCACACUGGGAAAAUCUCUAGCGAAGUCGAAGUUAAGGCUCUCGUUCGAGCUUACUAUCGCGAUGCCAUAGAUGUUCCAGACAAUAAAUGAGAUGUCGGCGAUAGUCAUCUUCCCUCCGACCAACCAUUCCUGCUUAGAGAGCACGCUCUCGAGUACGCUGAGGACUCUGAUUAUCUCCUUCUGGUAUCGCUCGACAGCACUUUGGAUCUUCUCCGGGUGAUAUUUCGAGAACCAGAUAGCUUGGCCGUAGUAGGGGCCUUGGCCGGAUGCCUGGAAGUAAAGCCAUUGAUUCUGUAUAUGUUUGUCAAGACCGGUGACUGAGAUCUUGUUAUCCGUGUCGUAGGUAUCCACGAGGUAUUGCAAAAUCGCGUUCGAUUCCCAAAGAACGAAAUCGCCAUUCUUGUGAUCGAUCAGGGUGGGGAUUCGGCCAUUCGGAUUCAACUUCGUGUGCUGCGGCGCCUUCUGCUCACCCUUCCCGAAGUCCAAGUACACGGGCUCAUACGUGAAGCCAAGGAGCUCGAUGACAAAGGCAACCUUCCAUCCGUUGGGUCCACCGAGGUGAGUGUACAGGGUGAAGUCCUUUCCUGCCAUUCUGAGAUAUGGGCUGCCGAGGAAAUCC